AUGGAUGGUACGGACGGUUGCAUAUCCGAGGCGAAAGUAUGGAAGGUUGUGGACUCGUGGUUCUACUGCCGUGGGCUUGCUGCCAUGCAAAUAGAUAGCUAUAAUCAUUUUGUCAAGCACACAAUGAAGAAUAUCAUGGCCUCCUUUCCUCCGAUCCAGGUCACGCGAACCGAGAACUUCUGCUGCUAUAAUCACAUCCUCUCCUUUUCCGACCCGCAACUAGAGCCAAACGUCCACAUCAAGCCAAAUGAUUGUCGCAUCCAGUCGUCUAGCUACAUGGCGGCCAUCAAGGUCAAGAUUUCCUAUACCAUCCAGCAGUAUUCGUUCAGUAAUAAUGAGGGGCUUGUCCAAGAAGUCACUUAUGAACCAAAGCUUAUCGAUUUCUGCCUCUUCCCUGUCAUGGUUAAUUCGUGUCUGUGUUAUCUGAACACUAACAAGGUGGCAGGAAGCGACAUUAAGGCUCAUAGGAUUAUUAAUGACGAGUGUCCGUAUGACGAGGGUGGAUACUUCAUUAUUAGGGGGGCUGAAAAGGCUGUAAUUGCCCAAGAAGGAAAUAGGCCAAACAGGCUUCUUAUUCUCCCAGGUGACCCUGGUUCAAAAAUUCCAUACACUGCACAGCUAGUCUCCACCAAUUCUACAAAGAAUUUGCACAGUAAGGUAGUCCUAAAGUAUUGGAGCACUAACAAGUGGGGCAGAACGAUUCAAGAUAUUAAUCAGCCGCAGAUAACAUUCACUAUGCAAGGAAUACGGGACGAUCUUCCGUUAUUUUUACUUAUUUUAGCCCUUUGGCAAGACAAUGUUUAUGCAGCACGAGACCUUCUUUCAAUAGUCGUCCCUGACGAGUCCGACACAGAGCUUAUCGAGCACCUUCUGCCCAGCUAUAACUUAUUCUGCUCUACGCCUCAGUCAAGCAAGGAUAAAUGUAUUGAGUUUCUCGCCGGAAGACUUGUUGUGGGAGAGCAAAUGGAUAGUGCCAAAGCAAAGUAUGACCGCCUCAUGAGUCAUCUGUCAACACGUCUUCUACCACACAUCGGAGUUACCCCGGAGUUUCAUCUCGAUAAGGCGUUUUUCAUUGGGUAUAUGACCAACCUUUUGCUUCAAACAGUGGUAGGGAGACGUUCCCCAGAUGACAGAGAUCACUGGGGAGGUAAGCGUCUACAACUGACUGGGUCCUUGCUGGCAGAUAAAUUCCGAUUUGAAUAUGAAUUGUUUCUUCGCAGAUUGGCGCGAAAGUUACACGAUACUGGCUCUAUUUUGAAAGUUAAAGAGGAUAUCAGCAUGGUCAGCCCGAACAUUGAGGGCAGCUCGUUCAUACCUCAGUCGAAGUAUGACACUCAUGGCAAGGUACCAGGACUCGAAGACCCUAGGCGUCUCCUUGACCGUAUAAAGGUUGCUGCCACAAGCUAUAUCUCAAAGAAUAUAACAUCUGCCCUGUCAACAGGCACCUGGAAGACGAACGAGGUAGUGGGUAACACGAAAUCGGGUGUCUCCCAGAGCCUCGUCAGACUAAGCUAUACCAGUGCCCUCAGCCAGAUCAGACGGUCCAGUUCGAGUGUUGAAGAGACCUCUAAAGCAAUAGGGCCCCGCUUGCUCCAUACAACUCAAUUUGGAUACAUGUGUCCAGCAGAAACCCCCGAGGGCGCCAAGGUUGGUCUCAUCAAGAACUUUUCAUUAAUGGCGAAUGUGACCCUAGACAAUCCGAAAGAUGAGCACGAUCUACGUAAGCUUUUAACGGAAUAUCGUGUGCAGGCCUCUCACGGCCCUAUUUCUGUCUUAAAGUCCUUCCACACAGUCACAAAUGCUAAGAAGUUAGUCAGUGACGUAAAGAUAUUUCUUAAUGGCUCCUGGUUGGGCUUUAUAGAUCGAGAGUACGUGCAGCGCCUCAUAACAGAUCUUAAAAGAUGGCGAUUCGAGGGAAAAAUUAACCGUGAAGUCAGCAUUUCAUAUCUAGCACACAAGCAGGAGAUAUCUAUCAGCAGUGACGAAGGACGAGUGACAAGGCCUGUAUUUGUUGUGAUAACAGACAUCCAUCCGACCCUAAAAUUAGUAACAAACCUGAGCCUAGCCAUCACAGAAGAAGAUGUGGAGACUCUCGCCACGAUCCCACAAAUGGAGCAAUGGAACAGCCUGUUGUCGGGGCUAGGGACUGGAAAGUGCAUGAUCGAAUUUCUGGACCCCAACGAAGAGGAGAUGGCCCUUAUCUGUAUGGAUAUUUACCACUUCAAAGAGGAGAUUCAAAAGGCACAUACCAUAAGAGAUAUCAUACUGGCCCACGGCGAAGACAACGCCAUUAAUUAUAUAAAGGCACAUAACAUUCCAUUAGCAAAUAACUACACACAUCUCGAAAUACAUCCAUCAAUGGUUCUUUCAGCAAUAACGUCACUUAUUCCAUUCCCAGAUCAUAAUCAAUCUCCUCGUAACUUGUACCAGGCAUCCAUGGGAAAGCAGGCGGUAGGGAUCUACGCACUAAACUAUCUCAAACGGUUCGAUACGUCUGGAAUAAAUGUCAUGCAUUAUCCCCAAUUGCCACUGGUCACGACCCGAUCCAUGCCUCAUGUGAAGUUCCGCUAUCUCCCUGCCGGUCAGAAUGUGAUAAUUGCUAUUGCUGUGUACUCAGGUUUCAACCAGGAAGACUCUCUCAUCAUGUCUCAAUCCGCGGUUGAUAGAGGGUUUAUGCGCGCAACGUAUUAUCACACAUAUGAAGAGAUGAUCAGCUCUGCAGCCUCCAGUAUAAAUGCUCCAGAUCGGAUUGAGAAGUUUUGCAGGCCUAUAGGCCCAAAUAUUAAGGGAAUAAAAGACCCUGGAUGUGCGUCGUACUUGGAGGCAGAUGGAUUGCCGCGAGUGGGGAAUGCCGUUAAUAGCCAGCGCUUAAUUAUUGGAAAGAUUCGACCAAAUAAGCGAUCGAUGAAUAGCCGGGCAGUCUCGACAUACGACUUUCAAGAUGUCUCUUUGAAGGUCAAAAUGGAGGAAACAGGGCGUGUUGACUCAGUAAUUAUCGCCCCCGACCUUCGGGAGCAAAGCUUUCUUUCAGAAGGUGUGGACUCUAACACCACGGGCGCUGAGGGGUCACUACUGGCUAAGGUGCGUGUUCGCAGCAGCCGAGUGCCGCAACUGGGUGAUAAGUUCAGCAGCAGGCACGGCCAGAAGGGGACAGUUGGUAUGCUCCUUAGACACGAAGAUCUCCCCUUUACCCUGGAUGGGAUAACGCCAGACAUAAUCAUGAAUCCACACGCGAUCCCCUCGCGGAUGACCAUAGGGCAGCUCAUGGAGUCCGUUGCGUCCAAGCUUGGUGCCCUGUCUGGCCACGAAGUGGACGGGACUGCAUUCAACGCGCCCCCAGGGUCAACAGACAAGCAAAUCGCUGCGGACUUGCACGCACGUGGGUAUCAGAAGCACAACUAUGAGGCAAUGAUGAAUGGUAUGACGGGCGAGAUGAUGACCUACCGCAUAUUUAUCGGACCAACCUUCUAUCAGCGCCUUAAGCACAUGGUUCUAGAUAAAAUAAGUAGUCGUAACACAGGCCCAAUUGUCACAUUGACAAGACAGCCUAAUGAGGGACGCAGUAACUAUGGCGGAAUGCGCAUUGGUGAAAUGGAAAAGGAUGCCUUCAUUGCUCAUGGAGCCACUGCGAUUCUUCGUGACCGUCUACUUUUCAGCUCAGAUGUGUCUGAAUUCCUAGUUUGCCAAAACUGCGGUAUAAUCUGUUGGCAUGCUGACUCACGCAAGCUCACCACAAAGAAAUCUCCUCACUGUAUGAUAUGUAGCGAAAGCUCCACAACAGAUAGCUUUGCAAGGAUCACAAUACCAUAUGCAGCCAAACUUUUCUUUCAGGAGAUAAUAGGCAUGGGAGUCUUUCCACGCAUUGAGGUGGAGACCCACUGA